UUAACCUCCCUGGCGUUAUUUCCUAGUGUAGCUCGUGGUAAAGUUUCAGCACCACAAGCGGUAACCCCGAGCUACACUCGGGAAUACCCUGCAGCGUUGCUCCGGGAUCUCUUCUACACUUACCUUGUCCUGCGCUCCCACGAUGUCCCCCCUGCAGUGUCCCUGGCAAUGUCCUCCGGCCGAUGCCGGCAUCUGUCUUCCAGGUUCCGUUCCUUGCGACGUCGGGACGUACGGGGAUGGAACUGGCGGGAAAUUUGAAAAUUUUAAAAGUGACAUUCACUAAAAUCUCAUAGUAAAACAUUGCUGUAUCAAACCAUUUCACACACAU